UGAAAGUAAACGGUGGGGGGGCCUCUUGGAUCACUUCCUUUCUAAACCAUAAGCUCGAGCAUAUGCGCAAAUGUGCAGUGACAAGUGAGAUAAGUGCUGCAGAGGCAGGAAAUAACCUCGAUGAUGGAAAGUUCUUCUUUUCAGCCAAAUGUGAGGAGGACGACAAUGAAGAUGGCAUCGAUGUCUCUAGUCUCUGUGUUUCUGCUCAGCUGCCUCGCUGUCACCUCCAUCAGCUCUCAAGAUCCUGAGUAUACUGCAGUGGGUCGAAACCACACUGUUAAACUGGGAAACCUAACCCUAACUUCUACUGAUACCCUGAAGUGGUGGUUUAAUGGAAAAGUAUUGUUUCAUAGAAAAUCCAAAGUAAUAAUUAUUGGGGGAAAAGAUGAUAUAAAUGCAGAAGGAUCCCUCAAACUGACUAAUCUAAAGAAGGACCAGGAAGGAGAUUACACUGCUGAGGUUUAUGAUGGUAAUGGAAUAAAACGGAAUACAAAGAAAACAAAAUUAAUUGUGCUGGAUCCUGUGAACAAGCCUACAAUAAAAAUAUUAUGCAAUGAUAAAACAGCGAAAUUUGAAUGUGUUUCUACAAAGCCACCUCGUGAUAUAAAGUAUGAAUGGCUUAAGAACAAUGUUAAGCUGGGGAAGGAAGUACAAGGCAAACUUGAAGUAAAACUUAAAGAAGCUAAAGACAACACAUUUUCUUGCAAAGUUUUCAACGAAGCCACUAAUGCCAUAAGUGAGCCUGUCUCUAGAAGUUGUCUUGAGAAAGGUCCAUUAGGUUUGCUGGAUGAAGAUCUAGAAAUCUGGGUUUUGAUAGGUGGCGGAAGUGGUAUUGUUUUCUUGCUGAUCCUUAUUGUCAUUAUUUGCUUCAUCCAAACCAAACGAAGAAGGAGGCUGCGUCUGAAGGAUGAAGAUGAGCUCCGUUUGGCCUGGACCUCCAAUGAGCAGCAUAAACGCCUACAUGAUUGUCCCCCUCUUCCUGAUCAUCCUCCUCCUCCCCAUCCCAAUCGUCACAAUCAUUCCCAGCAACAGCAGCAGGCACCCGGUCACACUGGCCCACGACAAGGCCGCUCCAAUAAGAACCGCCAACCGCGACCCAGAGUCCCUGAACCUAAUGGCCAACCUCAGCCCAGUCCACGGCGAACUGUACAGGCCAAAAAACCUGACGUCACUGAUGAAGAGCAGCCUCCUCCUCUUCCUCAGCCCAGAAAGAAAGCCCCCAAGGGACAAGUAGAAUAGAAAGCAUGUGCGUUUAAACAACACAAACAGACAUUUUAUCUGUUGGACGCAGACCUGGACCGCUACCACCUCAUCUUAUAUUUGUUCAAACUAAAAAAGGAUGUUCACACAGAUGUAUGAACACGAAUCAAACUUCAGUUUAUUUGAAAAG